GCAAUAUUGGCUGGCUCAGGCUGCCCCCACACAGGCCACUACCAGGUAGUGCAUAUUAUAGUCUAAUAUCUGAAACCCACCUGAGUAGAAACAUUCCCUCUGCCUUAUCUUUAUAAAUUACAUUUAUCAGAGAUUAAGCAAGUUAAAAGACAGAAGCUAGAGAUGGGUGAGAUCAAAGCUAGACGCGUUAUCCUCCUCUCUAUCAUGUUCCUCAUCUUCUUCUCCCAUACUCUUCUUUUGUGUUCAGCUGACGAGCAUGGCUCAAGGAACCUUGCAGUGGUCAAGAGAAAACGGGUGAAAUAUAGAGGGUCUCGCUCACGCAACUCAACAUCCUCAGCUUCAACUAUGACGUUCCUAAACUCCUUCCAUAUUGGCGCUGCUUCCUCUUUUGUCCUCGCUCUCCUUUUAUAGCUUAUGUUUGUAUAUGAUUGUGAUUUAAAGAUAAAAAGUGAUUGCAUUUUAUG